AUGAUGACAACCGCCAGCCUUGACUUCCACCGGCAACUGGGCAAAUUCCGCCUCACCCCGGUAGCUCAAGCCCACGGUGCCUCUACAGACAGUUCUGCUUCCAAGGCACCCUUCGACUACACCUCGAAUCAUAACCCCAGUGCCGAUGCUAAUCCCCCGUCGUCACCGCCGCAGGAUGGAUCAAUCAGACCGGGACGACAACGGCCACCUCCUUCACAAUCGCCGACGGCACGCAGCAAACGGGUCGCGACAGCCUGCGAUUUCUGUCGGAAGAGGAAGAAGAAGUGCGAUUUUCGAUAUCCCAAUUGUUCCGCCUGUGCCCGUCUGGGAGUCUGUUGCACCGUUUCCCCACCCAGUCACCAUGUCGCCAGCGCCUCCGUCCCCCGAGACCAGCUCGAGAACUUGCAGAAACGCGUACAAUGGCUGGAGCAGAUCGUGAAGCAGAAGACAGGCAUAGUUGUGUCCGAGCUGCCAACCGGUAGCAUUGUGGAUGGCCAGGAGGAGUCAGACUCGUGGCACCAGGUGCCGUUGUUGAUCGCUCAAGGCGACGCGACCGUGUCGAUGACGGACAGCGUCUCUUCUGCUUCCACUAUGACUCCCGCUCUCGAGAUGAAGGCGCCUGGCAUCGGGUCCGAAUUGCCAAAUGUCGGAGAGAUCUUUCGUGACCAGCUGGAGCACCGCCGGCUGCCCGUCCCACGCAUGGAGUCAUCCUCGGUAUCGCACGCUCUGCGUCUGUCGAGCCUCGAGGAGGCAGAGCGCGUAGCGAACCAGUAUUUCGACCAUCUCGGAUACCAAUAUCCUUUCCUACACCGCUCCAACUUCAUGACGCGUCUGAAGCAUAUCUACGCGGGCAAUCGACCGUCCGCUGAGGUGCAUUAUUCAUACCAUAUCACCAUGGCCAUCGCGCUGCAGAUGGGAUCGGCGGAUGAGGCUCAGUCCACAGAGUUCUAUCGCCUCAGCCAGCGGUCUCUGUCUCAUGUAUUACCGAAGGAGGACCUCUCGGCGAUCUGCGCGUUGCUGAGUCUGGCGCUGUACACCUUGUUUGCGGCCGCGGGUCCCAGCAUCUGGCAUAUCCUGGGCACGGCGAUUCGUCUGGCGACCAGUCUGAGUCUGCAUAAGUCGCCGCCCUCUUCCAGUUUAGUCGAGGAGGAAAUCGCGAAGCGAGUAUUCUGGAGCCUCUACAACCUCGACCGGCUGAUUGCAGCGACUCUGGGUAGGCCAUUGGGCAUUGCAGAUGAGGAUAUCAGCGUUGACCUGCCGCGCGAGCUCAACGAUGACUGGGUGGAGGCUCCGGGGGCGAUAUAUAACAACCAACCCCGACCACCACCAGAAGAAAUCACAGCCACGCUCGGUCGAUUUCAACGGGAGCUGGAUGAAUGGCGCAAGGCAGCUCCUUUGUAUCCCCCAGCGAUGCUCUAUUCGACGUCCUACUAUGACUAUCUCUACUACACGACACUGCUACUCAUGCAUCGGCCUAGUGCGCGCAAUCCGGCUCCGAACCUAACGUCGAUCGUGGCAUGUUUCGAUUCCAGCAUCCAGGUAAUUCGCUCGUAUUGGGACAGUUAUGCUGUAGGGAACCUCAAGUGGAUCUGGCUCACGCUGAGCCAGGUGUACUUUGCCGGGAUUACCAUCUUGUGGUGUCUGGAGCAGAACGCCCGCGCUGUUCGAAACGGACUUCUGCCACUCUGGCAGCCUGACGAGCAGAUGAUGCACCAGGGAAUCAACGCCACGACGGCGUUGCUGGAGGAGUUUGGCGAGCGACGACCGGGCGUGGAGAAAUUGGCAGGGACGUUUCGGCGCCAGAGCGCGAUGGUUUUGAGCCAGGAGAUCUAUCAGCAGCAGCAACCACAGAGGAUGCCAUUGCCUCCCUCUGUCUCAACUACUUUUUUCCUGGAUGACGAUAUGACGGCCACAGGGGCAACUGGAGCUGAUCCGCAGCUCUUUUACUUGCAUGGUUCAUUUCAGGAGGAGCUGUCGACGUAUUAUGAUAUUUGA